ACUCCGAUCUCUACCGGAAGUGAGCGGAGUCAGAGAAAGUACCAAAACAAACUAACACCGCCAACGUUUCUCCUUUCACUCCCGGUAUCCCUGCAGCUAGAGAGGGCGCCCCGUCAUCGUAGACAUGGACGGCACGUCGACGCCUCUGCGGUACCUCGGCGAGCACCACUCCGCAGAAAUGUUCACGGAUGACGGGGUGAAAACGGUGACUUCGGUGGAGCAGACGAAAGUGGAACACAGCAUUGAAGAAAUCAUUGCUGUUUUCAAGCAAAUGCACAGCUUCCCACAGCCAACGUUGUUGAGGGAGCAACACUACCAGUAUCUCAAGAAGGGUUUACGUCACUUAUCAGACGCUUAUGAGUGUCUGGAUGCUAGCAGACCGUGGCUUUGCUUCUGGAUUCUUCACAGCCUGGAGUUGCUCGAGGAGCCCGUUCCUGCUGCCGUCGCCUCAGACGUUUGUCAGUUUCUGGCGCGCUGUCAGAGCCCGACGGGAGGCUUCGCCGGCGGACCGGGGCAACACGCCCACCUCGCGCCCACCUACGCCGCUGUCAGCGCCCUCUGCAUCAUCGGCACAGAGGAGGCCUACAACGUUAUAGACAGGGAGAAGCUGUUAGAUUUCCUAUGGUCAGUGAAGCAACCAGAUGGCUCGUUUGUGAUGCACGUUGGAGGGGAGGUGGACGUCAGGAGUGCAUACUGUGCAGCCUCCGUAGCGUCGCUCACCAACAUCCUCACGCCUAAACUGUUUGAGGACACGACCAGCUGGAUCCUUAGGUGUCAAAACUGGGAGGGCGGUCUCAGCGGAGUGCCGGGUUUGGAGGCGCACGGCGGCUACACUUUCUGUGGCACGGCCGCUCUGGUCAUCCUGGGCAAAGAACAUAUGCUGGACCUCAAAGCUUUGCUGCGGUGGGUGGUCAGCAGGCAGAUGCGGUUCGAGGGAGGCUUCCAGGGCCGCUGCAACAAACUGGUGGACGGCUGCUACUCCUUCUGGCAAGUUGGAAUCUUGCCUCUGCUCCACCGAGCCUUAUUCAAAGAAGGCGAGUCGGAGCUGAGUCGGCAGCGGUGGAUGUUCGAGCAGCAGGCCCUGCAGGAGUACAUCCUCCUGUGCUGUCAGAACCCGGCAGGAGGCCUUUUGGAUAAGCCCGGCAAAUCCAGAGACUUUUACCACACGUGUUACUGCCUGAGCGGCCUCUCGGUGGCGCAGCACUUUGGAAACAUGGACCUCCAUCACGAGGUGAUCCUCGGCAGGGAGGAGAACAGACUGGCUCCGACUCAUCCGGUUUACAACAUCUGUCCGGAGAAGGUGGCCCGGGCCCUGGAGCACUUUCACCGGCUGCCGGUCCCAGACCAGAGACCGGCAGACUCCGCCCCCAACCCCAACCCCGCCCCUAACCCCGCCCCCUCCGCCGCCGCAUCCUCCGACCCGCAGUCCUAGCCGGCACCUGAAGCGUGGACACGUCCUUUACGCUUUGAUCGGGCCAAGUCCGGGUGGACUCGGAAGAGGAGAGCGGCGCGUCAGGUGUGACGUGGACGAGCCCGAGAACACCUCAACAUGGUCGGACGCCUCCACGGAGCAACAGGAGGAGGAGGAGGAGGAGGAUGGAGAUUAAGCUGUCAUGUGCGUCAUGUGUGGGCACCAGGACGCAGGGGCUGAAUUUUUAUUAUUAUUAUUUUUUUUUUUUGUUUGCUUGCAUUUUUGCCUGUUGUUUUCAUUCUCGACAUAAACGUGGAACUCUGUAAAGUUUCAGUAUGAGCCGAGAUAAUAAACCUUUAUAUAGCUCUUCUCAAAAAAACGGCGUCGUAAAAUGCUUUGGGAGUUUAGUUUAGUUUAGUUUGGAAACGGAAGCAACAUGUCGUCACACUAACAGCAUAAUUGCCUAAGAUAUUUAUUAUUUGACUGUUAAAAAUAUUAAUAAAAAAAAUAUCAAUGUGCCUCCUAA